GAAAAACAAGUGAAGCAAAAAGUAAAAGAAAGUAGAAAAAAACUAAAAGAAAAAUUACCAAAAAAAAAUACGGUAGGCGUGAGCAAAAGUGCAGAAAAUAUGGACGAACAAGUGAACGGAAGCGGAUGACACCAAUUGCUGUGAAGUGACAAUGAAAAUAGUAGUUGUUGGUGUUAAAAAAAGAGCAUAGCAAGAAGAAAAAAGUACUAAAAAAAACAACAAAACACCAACAACAACAAUGCUGCCAACUCUCAACAAGCCUGACCUGACGGUUGGCCGCCCUGUCUGAAAUGGAUGAUUUAUAAGAAUCAAGGAGAAGAAUACUCCAAACUACUAGCGAUUGAAAUAGAAAGCCAAGCAAAAGUAAAGAAAUCCACCCCAGCAGCUGUUGGAAAAAUCAGCGAAACGAAUUCAUAUCAAACUUUGUGCUGACUGCUUAGGGCAGCUGGCGGAGCUGCAUAGAAAAUUACGAAACUAAGAAUAGCACGAAACAACAAAAUCCCCAGCAGCAACAGCAGUUGCAGUUCCAGCAUCAGUGAGGAAACGAAGUACUGCUUCUUUGUCAGCCAAAAUGCCAACCUGCGUGCAAAACUACUCCUCCGCCUAUGCUAGCAAGCCUACAGCCAUUGCAUAACAGCCGCAGACUUCUUUACACCGAUCAUAGCCACAACAUGAACAUCGAACAACAUAAGUUCCCCCCACCACCACCACCAUCCGCGAGUCUGCUGUCCGACAGCGGUUACACCAAUGGCUAUGCCACACCCAGCAACAGCAGUAUUACAACGACUUCAGCGGACACCUCUGCGUCGUCGCCCGCCUCGCAGACAACCACCUACGUGAACAUACCGAUAAUACCGCAUAGCCAACUUAAUGCAUCCGCGUCGUCUACAUCUUCCGCCUCCCCACCGCUGCCGCCGCCGCCGCCGUCUGCUAUCUCCAUGAUGGGUAGCACCAACACACCCGGCGCUGGUGGCGGCACAAGCACCUUUAAAACACCACUGCUACCCAUGCCCACGCUCGAGGACAUCGAAGGCGGUUUGCUAGCAGUCACGACGACUUCUAACACGCCCGUUCCUAUGCCUGUGGGCAUACUGAAGUAUCCGAAUGCUGCCUCAGCGGCGGCCGCAGCAUCUGUGGCAUCAACACCACUCAGCCUGCCACCCUCUACGUUGAGUAUGUGCGGUGGUGGCAUGGGCCCUGGACCACCGCUGCAGUCACAAACGCCUGCGUUAUCAUUGCCCGCCUCUACUGCUACGAGCGGAUAUUUGAGUAGUGUGGCGACUACCUAUCAGUCAGCAGCGCACGCACAUCAGCAACAACAGCAACUACCACCUGCCACACUCUCAUUAGCCAGCGAUAUGAUGCAGCAUGCAACAACGCCCAUAACGGUGCUUUCGCUGCAACACUCCGCACAGCAAACACAACUACCACCGCCGCCUUCUGUGGGUAUACUUAAUAGCAACAGCGGCGUAACUCUAGGCAUAAGUGGGGGUAGCAAUGCCAGCGCGGGGCGCAGCAAUCAUCUGUCAAACGUGGGAGGCGGAAUGGGUGGCUCUGUCGGCGCUGCAACCGGUGCUUCGGAUUCGAAACGUUCAUCGAAGUGCUGUACCUGCUUUGGCAGUGGGAACUCGUCAUCAUCAACGAAGUCGCAGCAGAAAAAACGGUGCAAGCAGAAGUCACAGACGAUUUGGUCGGCGCUGCUGACGAAUUUGGGAAUUUGCGCGCUGCUGCUGGCCUACACGCUACUGGGUUCAUUCAUAUUUCUAACAAUCGAGAGCGAAGACUCAACGUUCCUGCAUCACCAUCAUCACCAUCAUAGUCAUCAUGCAGUGCUGCAACGACAACGCCAGCAGCAGCAACAGCACCAACAACAACAACAGCAACAGCAACGUACACUUGCAUCAACCAAACGUGGUAGUGGCAGUGGCGGUAAUGUGGCAAAUAUUUAUCACACUUCACCCGAACAAACGCAUCUGGACAAUGGCACAGCGUUAUCGUCAGUAACCGCAUACUCCUCGCUAGCCACCUCUUCCUCCUCCUCGUCAGCUUCCUUGGCAUCCUCAUCUGCAUCAUUAUCUGGCGCUACGUAUUCUUCUACGUCAAAUGCUGAUUCUUCUUCUGUUCCCAAUGCCAUGCUGGAGGGCAUUGUACCAUUGAGCGAUGAGAAUGGCGACCCGGGCGCUGGGGAUUUUAGUUAUGGUGAUGAGUUGAGCGGUGAUGGCGUCACUUCGGCGCACUUGGCGCUGUCGGCGGACACACAGGAAGUACGACAACGCACCAUUGAGAAUAUCUGGGAUAUAACGGUGUCACUGAAUAUACUCUACAAGGAGAAUUGGACAAAGCUAGCUGCGCUGGAGAUUGCCAAAUUUCAAGACCAAUUAAUCAAGAGACUGAAUGAGGAUGCACUAUUGCAAUUAUCACAUGAAAUGGAUGGCGGCCUGGCUGGUGCGAGCGGUAGUGGCGCAGCGAUUGCUGGUAAUAGUCCAGCCACGGAAGCUGUACUCCUGCACACACAUGGCGGUCAAUAUGGGCAUGGCAACGGGCCGCAUGAAUGGAAUUUCGCUAAAGCGUUUCUCUACUCACUAACGGUGCUAACGACGAUUGGCUAUGGCAAUAUUGCACCACGCACAACACUCGGCCGUUUGGUUACGCUCGUCUAUGCCAUUUUUGGCAUACCACUUACGCUCGUUUAUCUCUCCAGCACCGGCGGCAUUCUGGCGAAAGUGGCACGCGAAGUGUUCUCCAAAGCGCUGUGCUGUUGCCUUUGCUCAAAUUGCGGCUAUUGUUGUUACGAUGAAAAGCGUAUGGCCGAAAAAGAGCGCCGCAUGAAACGCAAACGACAACAGGAGGAAUUACGUAAACAGCAGGCUGCCUUACAGGAACCCUAUUUUGUACACGACUCAUUUCCAACAACCGAAAAACAAUCAAACCUAGCGGGUAGUGGCACACAAAUGCUGCCACCUGAUAUCGAUUCACUGAGCGCCAGCGAAUCACGUGGCUCAAUGCACGGGCUAAGUAUAUUGGCGCCAAUUUUGUUGUGUCUUUCGAUGAUGGUUAUUUACAUACUAAUCGGUGCGGUGGUAUUGUAUCGACUAGAAGAUUGGCCUAUACUCGAUGGCAUCUACUUUUGUUUCAUGAGUUUGUCCACAAUCGGUUUCGGUGAUAUGCUACCGGGGUUACGGCGUGAGUCCACUGCAACUACAUGGUUUUGUUCGAUAUACAUAAUGUCCGGCAUGGCAUUGACAGCGAUGUGUUUUAAUGUUAUACAUGAGGAAAUUGUGCAUCGCAUCAAAAUUGUGGUGGAAUUCAAGAAAGGUGCUAACGUAUUGGAUACGAUGAGUGAGGAGCAGGGAUACUAUAUGCCGCCUUGACAAUAUGAAAAGGGCACAAGUUUGUACAAACGUAAUCCCACCGAAGAGACGCUGGUAUCGGGCACACCCACUUCACUCACCUAUGGCGCUCAACUGGAAACGGAUCUAAAUCAAAUGCAGCAAAUGAAGGAAUAUAUUAAUCACGAGCUCGUACCUAUACUCACCAUGGAUCCAAAUAGCUCGUCAACAAGCUCUACACAUCUGCUGAAGGGCAGUGGUGCCACUUUAAAUAAUUUGACGCCAUACACAAGCGCUACAGCCACUGCUACUACGCCAACAAAUAUUCUGCCAACUGGUAUGGGUAUGUCUACCUUAAAUACGCCGCUCUUGGAGGAAUCCGCGCAGUCUUGUUUGGAAACUAUCGUUAGCGGCAGCGGACCACAGGCGACGUUGGGAGUUUACACGCUCAGUGAGGAGCCGGAAAUGGAUAGUUAAAUUAACUAGGCAAAGUAGAGAAAAAAUUUAAGACAAAUGGAAAACAAUGGUAGAUUUAGUAUUUGUAAAUUAGCGGAAGUCUAGCGCUAGGAAGGUUGUUUGUUCAUGUUUUUUUACUUUUCUUUUGUAAAUACUGAACUGUACUAUAGAUGAAAAUGAUAACUGUAGAGAUACAUACAUACGUAUAUCAGGCGAAAACAAAAUUUUGGAAAAUAUUGCAACUGCACGCAUGUGAAUACUAUAAUCAAUAAUCAAAUAAUAUUCGAAGUAUGCAUUACACUCCGAUUGAAGACAAGAUAACUUCCAGCGCUUUGAGUUGCCCUCCAUUAAUUCUCAGUGAAGUCGACUUCCACUAGAAUAAGUCGGACCAUUUAACAGCGGCAAAUAUUUAACGAUUUUCGUUUUCUUGCAGAUUAUCGUCCUUUUCUAGCCUUUUUGAAGCCGAGUUCGUUAAAAUCGACAAACUCGGUUUGGCAAGGAUAUGAAUCGAUAGCCAAGAAUUGAUUCAGUCUGUCUGAACAUUGGUAAUUCAAAACAAAUAGAAAACGUGUUGAUGUUUUUCUAAGAUAUUUCAUAAUAAACUUCUCAGCUUUGCUAGAUUUUUUUGUACGCAAAAACACACCCGAAAACACCCUCCUGAAAACGGAUUGAAAUAGAGAUGCUUAUAAAAAGCAACAAAAUAGCUCAGAGAUUUUUUUCUUCUUUAUUUAAAGCAACAAGAUUACGGAAAUCGGCGAAAUAUGGUACUUGUACAUACAACUCUCCGUUUGCAAACAGAGAAACGUACUCGUAUAAUCUAAAAUAUUCUAAUGCUUACAAACGUAUGUAAAUAACAACAACAAAAACGAAUGCCCGUGCAUAGGUAAUGGAUAAAUUACUUAAAUCAUAAAAAAAUAACACCCAAAUUCAUAAA